UACCCUUGAAUAAUUCUGAGUGGUUUUUACAGCUCAUCGUAUUGUGUUGACAAACAUGCUAAGUGACAAACGACAGACGGGCAGCAAUGCCGAUAACACCGAGAUGUAAAAAAUGAUCGUUGUGGUGGGGCCGAGGACAAUCCACUCAGUCAGCCGCUCACGCCAUAGACGUCCAGUCACUGUGUUUCAUCAAUACCGUCCAGCAUCAUUACCAAACGAUUAGUAACAUAAACAGUGCUCCCUCGAGGCCAGAGCGGGUAUCUACGACGUUGUCAUGUCAUACAACAACGACGAGAGAAACUUCCGCUCACAUUAUUACGAGAAAGUCGGUUUUAAAGGAGUUGAAGAAAAAAGAUCUUUAGAAAUUUUACUUAAAGAAGAUCCCUUAGAUCUUGAUAAACUAAGCACAUUUUGUCAGCGUUUUCCUGUUCCAUCUUUGUACAGACCAUUUGUAUGGAAAGUUAUAUUAGGUAUUUUGCCUCUUCAUCAGACUAUCCAUACAUUUGUGACGAAACAACGAUAUGAGCAGUAUCACAAUUCACAUCAAGCUUUGAUUAUUAUGAGACAAGUCACACCAGCCAUGGAUAUCCAGAAAAUUCAUUUACAAAUGUACCAAUUAGAAGAGGGGGAAUUACCAUUAGAGGACAGCCUGGAGUAUUCAGUGCCACAUUAUGAUUCUUUUGAGUCAAUAUGCACCUGUAUGAGUGACAUUAUUGAAGAAGAAGUGGACGUGUAUUGGUUGAGCGUUAGAUUUCAUAAACUUUUUGAAAAGUACCAGGAAGUCAUUCCUAAAUUAAAUGAAAAAUUUGAAUUUUUUCUGAAGAAAGAAGAUUCCUCAUUGUAUACAUAUUUAUCAGAGAACAACUUAUUGAAUAAAUUGCCAUAUAAAUCAUGGUUUCAGCAGGGGUUUUGUAACGUGCUACCAGUGCCUGGGCUGGAAAGAAUAUGGGAUAAAAUGAUUGGUGGUUCCAGUGCAAUAUUAAUAUUUACUGCACUGUCACUGCUUGUUACAUUCAAAAGAUCAAUAUUAAAUAAGAAAUCACCAGAUGAAGUCCUUAAGUUUUUUGAAAUGAUUCCACCUGAUAAUACUGAUAUGGUAGUCAACAAGGCCUUGGAACUAUGGAACAAAUAUGGCAGUCCUCUAAAGCCAGAUAUAUAA